AUGUUCCCGCGACUUCUUAUACUUAUUGGCUCGGCCGCGACAGUCCUCGCGACCGGUGCUUGCGGUACUGGAAUUUACCAUUCGCCCAUCGCCAAGUCAUUUGUUACCAUCGACCUGCUAGUUAACAUUCCUGUGAAUACAACCACCCCAGAAGGCGUAGUUGGUUCUGUUGGCAUCCGUGGAGGCAGUAUCAGUGGCCAGUUCAACGGGCAUCUUGUAUCGAACAUCUCUUCUGAGAUUGAGCAUGUACUCCCUCUUACGAAUGGAGAAUUUACUUCCGUUUCGAGUCAAUGGAUUUUCGAAAAUGAUAAAAAUGAACACAUUUUGGCUACACUUUCAGGUCUUACAACCUAUGCUAACAAUGCUCUGCAUGGAUUUGGCAACGCUAUCUUGGCUACUGAGGCAAAAGACUUUUACUGGGUCAACUCGGCCACUUUCCUUAUUGAGUGGCAGGGCGAUUUUAAUACCGGGAAGGCUCAGUUUGAGUUUUUCCAAAUUACUACAGGCGGUCGCCUCGACGGUCAGCCUAUUACUGCUUUACUCCCGCCAGGUGGUAAAUAA